AUGGCACAAUCAUUCGACCAACUCCCUUAUUUACCAGAUCGCAACGAGUACGACACUCGUAUGUUCCGCUAUGCACAGGAAGGACCAGUGGAAAAAAUCCUUCCUCAUGGAUUUCCCCAGAGAUUGACCGCAGAUAUGGCCUGGGAAGGAGGAAAUAUCUCGAUGAAUCACGCUGCAGGCUCUGAGAGUCCGUACCUGUUGAUUUUACAAGCUCCGCAGCUGGUCGAGAUAGAUGCAGCACUCAAGCAUUUCCAAAAACUGAAUCAGCCAAUGGAGACUCUGGACCCGUCGACGUUUCCUCUACCGAAUUUGCACUCGAUCCUGCGGUCCGCAUCAGACAAUCUGCACUCAGGCUAUGGGUUUACACUUAUUCGAGGAAUUCCAGUAGAACGCUAUUCUCGCCAAGAGAAUAUGAUCAUCUAUGUCGGGAUUUCUUCGCACAUUGCCGCCAUCCGCGGUCGGCAAGACCAUCAAUUCGAGGGGCAGCCGGCAGAUGUCAUGUUGGCCCACAUAACCGACAUGCGACGCCCCAACGAGGCACAAAACUUUUCCCUGGCAGCAUAUUCAGAUGGCGAAGUGGUAUAUCACACGGAUGUGGGGGAUAUCGUCUCCCUCUUCGUCCUAAGUGGGCCCGUAAAUGGCGGUGAAAGUCUUCUCGCGAGUGCGUGGACUGUCUACAAUUCUCUGGCGGAGACCCGCCCCGACCUACUCCGCGUAUUGGCGGAGGACUGGCCGAUACCCAGUGCAAAACAGCCCGGUCUGAUCACUCACCGGCCGCUUUUGUUCUACCAACCUGCUUGCGAUGGAGCUCCGGAACGAGUCAUCUUGCAGUUCUCUCGACGCUCGUUUUCUGGAUUUGGUGCUCGAUCCCAGAUGAAUAUGCUAAGCUCUAUCCAGGUGGAGGCACUGGAUGCUCUCCACUUUCUUGCAGAAAAGUUUCAUGUAGCCAUGAAGCUGGAGAGAGGCGAUAUGCAAUUCAUCAAUAACCUAAGCAUGAUACAUGCUCGAAACAGCUAUAUAGAUGAUUCGGAAAAUCGUCGUCACCUGCUACGUUUGUGGCUUCGCGAUCCCCAAAACUCAUGGGUCAUGCCAGAGCCACUGCGAAAUCGCUCUAACUUGAUUUUUGACGAAGGUUUUCGGAGAGGCCAGCAGGUAUUUCCUGUGGAUCCGGUUCCCAGAUCGGUGGGAAAGGCUAGAAAAGAUUAA